CCGGGAACCCGGUUUGCCUACGGCAAUUCUUGGCGCCUUCCAUCUCUCGAAUGUGCAGUGAGUGCCGGUGUGCGUAAAAUGGCGGAUGGUGACGUUGAUAUUUACGGCGACGAUCUCGAUCAAGAUUUCGCGCAGUCGAAGUGUACGAUUGGUUGAACCACAAGGUGUGCAGGAAGUUGCGUGUAAAAAGAAAAUGGAUGAAUUUGCCGGUGAUGGCGUGGAUCUUUACGACGACGUGAUUGCUGCACCAGCUGGUGGUAAUGGCGGUGUUUCUUCCGGCAAUACGGGAGACGGUGGUGGUGACACCACGUCUCCCAAUGAGGAAACUAAUGGAAAUGCACCUUACCAUCAACUUGGCAAUAACAUACAACCAAAUCAAAUUGGCAGACGGCAUCAGUUGUAUGUUGGAAAUUUAACUUGGUGGACGAGUGACCAAGACAUUACGGAUGCUGUUCAAAGCAUUGGAGUAACCGACUUUGUGGAAGUGAAGUUUUUCGAAAAUCGCGCCAAUGGGCAAUCUAAAGGUUUCUGUGUGAUAUCUCUUGGUUCCGAACAGAGUAUGAGAAUAUGUAUGGACAGGCUGCCCAAGAAAGAGCUUCAUGGUCAGAAUCCAAUAGUAACGUUCCCAACAAAGCAGGCGUUGAAUCAAUUUGAGUCGCAGUGUAAGACGCGACCCGCUCCGGCUCCUCAACAGAGUCAGAGCCAACGUCCUCAUAACCCACAUCAACAUCAGCCACCAAUGCCACCUCAUCAACAGCAUCCCCAACACCCUCAACACCCUCAACAUUCACAACAAAAUCACGGUCCUAGAAUGAUGAUGGGUCCUCCACAGGGCGUGAGACCACAGAGAAUGCCGCCACCGGGAAUGGGACCACCGGGCCCCGGUGGACCCGGCCAGCAGGUGCCACCGCGUAUGCACGGCCCGCCCAUGGGUCCUGGCCCAGGACCGCACCAUCCUCUACCCGGUCAUCCGAAUCAAGGUCCACCGCCUGGUUACCAGCAAGGUCCGUGGAACGGGCCACGUCCUAAUGGUCCACCAGGUCCACCUAGGGGUCCGAGUGGUCCCGGUGGUCCACCGCAGCAAGGUCCUCCCGGACCAGGUCCCGGUCAACAUAGACCACCGGGUAUGCAAUUCCACGGUGGUCCGCCUGGACCGCCUGGUCAAGGACCUCCUCGCGGCCCACCUGGACAUCCCGGUGGACCACCAGGGGACCCACGAGGAGCACAACCGCGUCCCGAAUGGAAUAGACCGCCAGGAAUGCAUCACGGGCCUCAGGGACCACCUGGUUUCCCUCAACAUCAACAUAUGCAAGGGCCGCAGCCUGGCCAAGGCCCACCACAGAGAGGACCUCCUCCAGGUUCUAUGGGUGGUCCGGGAGGACCGCCACCCGGACAUGGCGGUCCGCCUCAGGGGCCCCCUCAAGGACCACCUGGUGGCCCGGCGCCUCACGUCAAUCCCGCGUUCUUCCCGCAAGGUCCGCCGCAUCAGCAUCCCGGACAACAUCCACCAGGUCCACCCGGUCCACCUCAUGGUCCGCCCCAUGGACCACCGCAUGGGCCACCUCACGGACCGCCUCAUGGUCCGCCGCAUGGACAACCACACGGACCACCUCAUGUUCCACCGCACGGUUAUGGACCACCAAGUGCACAGGCACCUUACGGAGCACCCGGACCUGAUCAUCGUCCAGAAGGUCCGCCUCCGCUUACCGAGCAAGAAUUUGAAGAGAUAAUGGGCCGUAAUCGCACAGUAUCUUCGUCAGCAAUUGCGCGUGCGGUGUCUGAUGCGGCAGCAGGCGAAUACGCAAGUGCCAUAGAAACCCUGGUCACCGCCAUCUCGUUAAUUAAACAGUCAAAAGUAGCCGCGGAUGACAGAUGCAAGAUUCUGAUCAGUUCUCUCCAGGACACUUUGCGCGGCGUCGAGACCAAGAGUUACGGAUCCGGACGUAGAGAGCGUUCGCGUUCGCGCGACAGAGAGCGCAGCCACAGAAGACGACGGGAGCGAUCCAGAAGUCGAGAUCGCGAGUAUCGCGAGCGCAGCAGAGACCGGGAUCGCGAACGCGACCGGGAACGUGACCGCGAGAGAGAAAGAGACCGCGACAGGGACAGGGAGCGUUAUUACAGCGAGCCAUAUCCGAGAGAGCGAUCACGCAGCAGAGAAAGAGAGCGCGAACGUGAAAGAGAUCGCGAGUAUAGAGAGCGAAGCAGAGAAGAAAGUACAACACGUCAGUCAGCCAGGCCAAGAGUAAAAGAAGAACCGCCAGAGACGGCACCCGUCUCGUCUUCCAAGGCGUCUAGAGAGCGCGAGCGAGACAGAGAUCGGGAACGAGAAUCAAGCCGAAGACCAUCCGAGCGGGAACGGGAACCGGAACGGGAACGAGAACGGGAACGAGAACGAGAACGAGAUCGACGCGACGAAAGAGGAGACUCCUCGCACCGUUCAAGACACUAAAACGGAUUGUCAGGAAAGGAAGAAAGCAUCGAAGGCACAACAAAUGUGUACCAUCACACAUUGCGAUCUCCUUAUUUCUCGGAGUAGACUAUUGUGUCGCAUUAAUGUGUUCACGAUACACGUGGCACCCAAACAUUUUUAACGACGAGCGAGAAUAUCGAGAUAUUCAUUUUGUGUAAGACAAAUGUUCAACUGGCGAUUUCCAAGUUGUUGCUUAUCCUACUUAAAGUAGUCCGACGUAACAGACUUACAUUGUAGAAUUCGAAAUGUUCUUUGUCUUUUCUUUUUCUGGAGAUUUUUGAACUCGAGCUCAGUGUAGAAUUAUUAUCGUAAAAUAUCUUCUAUAAUUGCAAAACUCUUUUGUCUUGCAUUAUAUACAUACACAUAUAUUAAUAUGAUAGUGCACUAUAUAUAUAUAUAUAUAUAUGUAUACAUAUUAUGUCUAUGUAACGGUGUUACAAUUAAGGAAAUAUCCAUUUAGUCUGAGAGUGUAGGUUUGUAAAACAAAUGUCUAUUAUCGCGCUUGAAAUGUCGGGAACAAGUUGGAGGAGAGGGAGAAAAGGAACACGAUGCGCGGGAAACUGCAGUUUCGCGAUGAGAAGAGGAAGAAGAUAAUGCGCAGAAAAGCAAAAAAUAAGCGGAAAGAGACAGACAGACAGACAGACAGAUAAAGAGAGAGUGAGAGGGGUAGGGGGGAGAUGGAGAGAUAUAUAUGCAUACGAAGGGAAGAAGAACGAAGACAUCGGCGCGAGAGAAUCAAUCCAUCGGACUUCUAGCUGCACGACGAUGCAAGAUUGUAUCUUAACAUAAUACAUAUAUACGCUUUCAAAAAUAUAUAUACCAAAUAUGUCUUUACUUUAUUCAUCUGUACACACAAAUUCCUGAUAACAAACAAAAGAGUGUGUUUUUGUUUAUAUGCGAUUUCACGUACGAAAAGAGCUCUCGAGCUCAAUAGCCGAGUUUUCGAAAGGCGACACCGUCGCGCGUCAAAUAUUUCUCAAUCCUCUGGUGCGUGUCGUCAUUCUUUGCGUAAUUCGCAAAAUCUUGUAUCUUUUAUGUCGCGAGACAGCUCAGAGGAUUAACAACAGCAAAGAAAAAAAAAUGUGUAUCGUCAUACGAAACAAAUCUUGAAAGUGAUUCUAGACGGUUCGCCUUUUGAAAAAAGAAAAUUGAAAAAUGAUGAAAGUAUCGAUGAUGGAAUACGUUUUAUAAUAAGAACAACUAGGAAUAAAUGCGCUAUUAUUAUGUCUGUGAAAAUACUAUACAAAAAAUUAUUAUUCAAGAUAGGCAUUUUUUGUAUACAAACGUAAGUUCUAUAGCUAUACUAUUACAUAUGUUAUUACAUGUACAGUGAUAAGCUGUAAUCCUGACCUAAUCUAACGUUAUUAGGAUAUGAAAUGAUUCAUAGAAGAAGAUAAUUUCGUGAAGCAUUUUAUAUAACGCAAUUAUUCCUACCGAGAACCAACAAACCCCUGACCCUUUGUGUUGUAAGUUAUUAUAAGACUAGGUUGCAAAAAAAAAUGCAUGAUACUUCCGUUACACUCACGUCCUGAUGUGUUAUUUGAGCAACACAGCCAAUGAUUAUUAUUGACUUUAACAAACAUGUAGUAUUAAGAAAAUCCAAAGCCACUCUAUGGAAUAUAUGCUGAUAGUCAAAUUAUUUGGUUAAUAUAAAGUGUAAGAUAAGGUGACACAGCAUUUGUGUAUCAGAAAAUAUUGAUACGUUAUCUGAUACACCAUGAAUUAUAAAUUCUAUAACUCUGACGAAACUAAAACAAUUUGACUAUAAGUAUAGUUUCCUCGCGAGCCAGCGAUAUUAUAUCAAAACACUCCGCAUAACGGAGUCGUUGAUUCUAAAAAUACCAAAAUCCCUUAAAAAUUGACUUUGACAUGGAAAUUACUAAUAUGCUCGAUACGUUUAAACUGUGUACACAUUCCAUUUUCUAAGAACAAAGUCAUCAAUAUUUAUUCCCUUGCGAAUUUAUGAGAUAACAAUUUUAAGAUUCCCAAUGAAUUCUAUUAAAUUUACACUAUUCCGAAGUAAUCAUAAAACCUAAGGAAAGUAAGAGCGGAAAAAAAAUAUUUUUAAAGAGACAUUUUUUAUACAUGUAAUUUAAUCUCUCCGAGGUAUAUGAGAUGAGAAUAUUUUUCCGAUUUAUGUUUUAAUUUAAUCGGAUGAUGGUUCUUUUAGUUUUGUGCUCAAGACUAGCUUAAUAAUGCAUAAGAAUGAAAUUUCAUCCAUCUCUUUCUUUCUUAUAUUUUAGAAAAGAAAGGAGUGAAUUUUUUGGAGAAAGGCAUGUGCCUUUUAUACAUAUUCUGUGUAUAUCUUCAACAGCGAAUUGUCGUGCAAAUGUUUCUGCCGCGUUGUAUUUUAUAAAUUGAAAAGAAUUGUAAUUCAUUGUAACGCGAUCCCGACAAACAGAACUUUCUAUGCUGGAAUUCUUUAUGAGCACAUACACAUCUCCAGUGUUUGUAUAAGUUUUCAAGACUGUUAAAAGAAUGAAGAUACGUCCAACAUUAUGAUUGACAAAGAAGCGCUUGAAAAAGUUUUUUUUUUCUUUGGAGACAGAUUAUUUUUGCACGAGUUAUAUUUACAUGUCCAAUGUUUUUAUUUAUGUCGAAAAAAGCAAUGCGCACAUAAGGAAUGACUCUUUCACCCAUUACAAAACAUAUUAUUAAAAGUUUCACAAAAUAAUAAAGAGGAAUUUCUAUUAGAUAUCUCGUGUCGAAACGAAAUUUUUAAAUCGUUUAAGAACAAAUCAGACUUUUAUUACUUGAAUGACGCGAAGUUGCGUUGUGAAACUUUUUACAAGCUUGUAAAAUUGCGAUUACGCGACUCAUGUUUGUCAUACUUUUAAAACAGUCGACAGAUUUUAACUCGUACUUAAAUACGCGACCCGAAAGUAUUUAACUUGUAAUUGACUGUUCAUAUUGUAUACAAUCAUUUACCAAAGCGCAACCGUACAUGUGAUGGAAAUUAUGUAUAGUAUUGGCAUGUUAUAUGUUGGCUAAAUGUCAACACACAUAAAUCGCUUACUACUUCUUUAAUUGAAUUAUCGCUGAGAACGGUACAAUUCCGAUACGUCAGUAUUGGAUCUUAAAAUGUUAUUUUUUUCGUUUCAUUGCACGCGCGUACUGUUCCUUAAGAUUUUCAAGAAACUUUGCGCAUGUACACAAUAGAAAUACGGAACCGUUCUCACAUCCAGUAUUGUCGCAAUUUUUGAUAAUUUACAUUGAAAUGCUGUCAUAGAGAAGCGCUUCAUAUAAUUAAUUAACGAGUUAACCGUUUUACGAAUAUCUGUUGAGAAACGUUAUAAGAGAAAUCGCGCACAACACAGACAACACAUAUGUACCAAUUUUUUUAAAUCUUAAACUUGCUAUGUGUGUGUGUGUGUGUGUAUAUAUAUAUAUAUAUAUAUGUGUGUGUAUAUAUAUAUAUAUAUAUAUCGUUUAAUUAAUCCCACGUGCUUGCAUUUUAGUAAUCGGUUAUAUUAAUAAUUUCAUCUAUUAGAACCCCACUGUUGAUGUUUUGUGCGUGGUUUCAUAAUUUCACACAACCGUCUAUAUAAUUUAUUUCUAUACAUAUAUAUUUAUCAAUUUUUAACUAUCAGACUUUGUUUACUAAGCACAUGAUGAUCUCAUUGAGGGAGCGAGAGAGAGAGAGAGGGAGAGAGAGAAAGAGAGAGAGAGAGAGAGAGAAAGGUAGAGAAAGGUAGAGAAAGGUAGAGAAAGGUAGAGAAAGGAAGAGAGUGGUCUGUAUAUUCCUCAGACUCGAAAUCGCGAUCAUCGCGACGAUCUACUAUAAGUCUCAUCGUUUAUGCGAUUAUUUGUCAUAUCUUUGAUUUCAUGUAGCGUUUUAUUUGCGUAACAUAAUAAUGAUCGCUGUCGUGCUAGAUGCACGAGGUAAAGUUGCCUGGGAGAGAGAAAUGUAUAAGGACUUUUAAUGGGUAAGUGCAACACAGAAUGUAGCUCUAUAUUUAAUUAUACUUAAUUUUAAGCGUAUUAUUUUGUAUACAAAAUACGAAUACAGAUAUGCACGUUCCUUCACGAGAAAUACGCGGACACAUUCAUAUUUUAAUAUCAUUUGUGAUACUCAUAUUAGAAAAAGAAAGGAAUGCCUGUAACUGAUCCAGUGUGCAAUCGUAAUUAAUUAUUUUGCUCGGAAACUAUGUUAACGCAUUGUUCACUUUGCAAUUGUGCGCAUUGUGCAAUUUGCAAUUAACAAAGUAUCUUAGUGCAUCGUCUUUUUUGUGAUAUAUGCUCGAGUCAUUAACUAAUCGAAUAGUGUUAAUUGCAGUGCGACAAGCAAUGCGUUAGGAAUCUGUCAUCUAUUUUCUCUUUAUAAUUCGCGAUGUCGCUAUAAAUAUUUAUUGCAUCAAGCGAAAUCACGAGGAAAUAUGUUAAUCGUGUGCAUUACGGUGUAGUUACCAAUGCAUAUAUAUUUUCCCCUCUUUCUACCUCUCUCACUUUUCUCUCUACUCCACUUUCUCUCUUUCACUCACUCCCUUCAUUGCCAAUAUAUCAAAACAGGCAGCUCCAUUUUACGUAGAAUUUAAUUGAUGCAAUGUCGAUUUUAACAACAUCGCUGACAUUCCAAAAACGCUGAUCAAUGCGGUCACAUGUGCAAAGAUAGGAGCAUAAAGUCAACAAAUGUUAUAUGAAAUAAAAGUUUCUCCGCUUCUAAAUUAUACUGUAAAAUUGGCCAAAGAUAGACAUAUUUUAUAGCACGAAUGUUGCGAUCUUUUAGCAUUUAGAUGUCUUUUACGCUACUCUACAAUUAUAUAAAGGCAGAUCCUUUCAUUCAAUGUUUAUUAAUGAUAUCCGCUAUGAAACCUAAGACAAAACACAAAAUAUCGUUAAAUUAUUUCAUUGUACAAAUGUAACUCGAUACAUUGCUCAACAAACGGAUAUAUAUAUAUCAGAGAUUUAUAAGACAAAACCAAAUACUGCCUCGGUUACAUACAAUUAUACAUAGGAGAAAAUUGCUAUAUAUGUGCGUUAUACACACACACACACACACACAUAUGUUUUACAUGUGUUAACGCAGUAUAACUCCAUCAGUAUCUAUCGCUAUCAGCUUUCUAUUAUUUAUCUAUUUUUUUAUAAUCUUAUAUAUACAACGUAAUUUUAUAGGUAAAGUACAAAGCUAACCAUUUAGCAAAAAGACCAUCUGGUCACGUUUGUGAUAAAAUCGCAAUACGUAAAGAAUUGUACAUUUUAUUGUUAUUUCAACUGUGAUAUUAAUGUACAGAAGCACACUUGUUAACAAAUAUUUUUCUAAAAAGUUAAUGUGAUUCUACGAGAUAUAUUCUUCUCGCGUUUUACUUUUAUACAUAAAAAAGGUAGAAUAUUUCUUCGAAGCCACUUGCUCCACGACAUGCUCAUAAUGAUAGAAAUCAAGAUUUUGUAAACAAUUUUUAUAUAAAAUUUAUUUAACUUUGAAAAUCGCGCGCGCACACACACACGCACGCAACACACACACACACACACACACACGUUAAUAUUUAAUCAUCUGCAUAUUUUUUCACAAUUUUGCCGCCACUAUAACAUUAUAUACGUAAUACAAUACAUCGCGAUGACUCGAACGUUUGUAAAAAGAGCAUUGCGUUAUAUUUAAAAUCAAUGUAAUGAAUAAUCAUUGAUUAAGAUUUUAAGUUUUUAUUUCA